AUGAAAACUUUAUAAUAAAUUACAGAUAAUGUUUUUUGGAUGCCUUUCCCAAAGCAAGAAUACAUUCAAUAGGUCUCUUAGUAUUUAAAUAAAAAAUAUGGUCAUCAUUAUUAUAUUUGGAAUUUAAGUGAACAUGAUUAUGAGAGAGAGUUAUUUUAGAAUUAGGUUUCAAUGCAUUCUUACAUUGGAUUUGCUUGUCCCCCUCUUUAUGAAUUACUAUUAAUUUGUAAAUGCAUUUUAGAAUGGGUACAACAUAAAGGCAACAUAGCAAUAGUUCAUUGUUAGCAAAAUAAAGGAAGAAGUGCAAUACUUCUAACAAUUUUUUGGACUUUUGUUUUUUAAACGAGUAUUUAAGAGAGUUUUUACAUUAUCGCAAAAGCUUUAGGUCUAACUUCUCCUUUAAAAUCUUAGCUUAUGUAUAUACAUAAAUAUUUAUCACAUUUGUUUUCUAAUGAAGAAUUAAAUACACAAACAAUAAAAGUAAAGUCAGUUAUCUUAAGUGGAAUACCAAAAUAGUUCCAAAAUUUCAAGCCAUUAUUUUAAAUAUUAGAUAGAAAAGCAUUGUUGUAUGAAGAGAAAAAUCAAAUAAUAGAAAAAAAUCAUCAAUGUAUAUUUAUUCUGCCAAAUUUAUAAAUCAGCAAUGAUAUUGUGUUUAGAUGUAAACAUAUAACGCCUCAAGAUGAAUUGAUUCAUAUAUUUAGAUUUUAAAUCCAUACAGGAUUUUUAUUUAAGAAUUUUAUUCGUUUUAAAGGAAGUGAUUUAGAUUUAUAAUAAUAAUUUGAUGACGAUUUCUAUAUUGAUUUGGUUUAUCUAAGAGGAAAUGAAACUAAUAAUCUGUUUGAUUCUGAUAAGUUAAAUUAAGACUAAAAAUCUUAUGAAGGUUACUAGAUGAUAAAAUAGUUAUUGAAUACAUGUUAGAUAAUGAGUUUGAAUAUUAAAUUGCAAUUGUUUGAAGAGAAUGAUAUAUUGACCUAGAUAUAAGAGUAAAAAUAUGUUUCGAAACCUAUUGAAUUGGAAUAAGAGGUAGAACAAAACUAAAGAAAAAAUAGCUAAUAAGAAAAAGAGAAUUAAUACGUUGGAUAGAUAGAAAAUAAGGCAUAGGAAGUUUAUGAAAAAGAAAAUGAUCAAGAUUAAAAUUAGAAGGAGAAUAAAGAUGAUGAUGAAAUCAUUAUUUGA